AUGACCACGGCGCCAGCAUUGCCAGAGCCGGGAGCAGCCUCGGUUGAAGAUCGGGUGCAGAUCAGUCUCCGGCUGAUCCAGCAUGCACGCGAGGAGCUUGACCGUGAGGACCGCCUCCAGGCCACGGAAAAGGUCUGGGGCGCGCUGGCGCAAAUGCUCAAGGCGCACGGGCAGCUGCGCGGCUGGAUGAACUUGGGGAGCCACCGGACGGUAGGCCGUAUCGCCCAACACCUGGGCGUGGAAUAUCCCGAGAUUCCGGUCCUGAACGCAUAUAUCGCCGCGGACAACGGCCACCGGAAUUUCUACGACAAUGAGAUGAGCCGGCCGGAAAUCGAGGGCAUCAUCACGGUGGUUUCCAGCGUGUUGCCGGAGUUGGAACGGGCGCUGGCAGAGCCGCCCCGUCCCUUCUCGAUCAACGACGUGGAUCAACGCUGGCGGGUGAGAAUGCUCACCGGCAGGCAGGACCUGCAGGUUGGCGACACCUCGCAAACCGGCUUCUCCAAUACACACUAG